UCCCCGAAAAGUAACCCUACUUUAGAUGAGCUCUGCAACUGCAUCUAAAAGCAGCAGUGAACCGGAAUCGUCUCCCACGCGCCGCCUCUGAUCUGGCCAUGUCAUCGCGCGGUGGGUCCCAUCUGGGCUCUUAUACCAUCCUUCAAAAUCCGAUCCUCUAGUAUUUUGAUCUUCGAACACCCGCAAAAACAUGGCCCAAAACUCCAAGGAAGAGCCAAAGACCGCUCCCCAAUCCGAUCGGUGGUACAAUCUAACCCUAGGCCCUUCCUUUAAAGAAGACGCCCCUAAUAAUAAGUACUGCACUCUGCGGUAUGAUUUUAAGCCAGCUUCGAUUGAUAAGACUAAGCCUGGAUCAUUGCACAAGAAUAAGGAAAAUAGGGUAUCUGUGGAGUUUCAGAACAUUCAACUGGGAAAACCUAAAGUCACAUUUGAAGGUAGCAGCGAGGAUUACAAGGAAAACGAUGCCGUUUUGUUUUUUGACGGUGAGACAUUCCGGUUGGAGCGGCUUCAUAGGGCCGUAAAGCAGCUACGCCUUCUUCGACAGCCCGGUGAAUCUGCUACUGCAGCUGCUCAAUCCGGGCCGGCCAUUGAGCCUCGGUUAUCUCCGGUUGGGAAGGGUAUGAAACCUAUGAAUGUGGGGAGAAGCACAGCUUUUCCUCCGGUGCCGGUUGAGGUGGAACGUAUUGAUGUUGGUGAACCACAAAUUCCAGGUACAAAAGUUUCAAGUAAGGGGAUUUCUGGGCAUCCAACUGAUCCACCAAAUAUAUCCACUUUGUCACCUAGCCCCAAGAAUGAUGAAGCUGAAGACCAUCAAGAUAUAGAUAUUGAGGACAUAUUUGGCUCUAGUUCACCUUUUGAUAAUGCAGCUGAACAAAAAGGCAAUGCUGGAUUUGAUAUUAAUGUACCACAGCAAAACGAUACUGAUGAUGAGAUUGCUGAUGUGGAUGAUAGUGGUGAUGAGGUAGAGAAGGGGCGCAAUGCUGCUGAAGCCCUUAGAGCCCAGGUUAAUGCAGAGGAGCAGGAUGAGCAGACUUCAAGUUCUACCAGCAGCAGUGGUAGUGGAAGCAGUGGAAGUGGAAGCGGUAGUGGGAGCAGCAGUAGCAGUGACAGUGAAGGCAGUGAUGAAGAUUCGGUUAACUCUAUUUGAGUGUUUGAACAACUCUCAGAAAACAAUGAGAGUACCAAAUUGGUAUUUAGAAAACUUUCCCGUCUUACAGAAUAAGCCAUCCUGGUUUUAGGGUGAGGGCACUUUGCUUAUGAACGCAUAGUGGUGUGCAAAUAAUUUAGCCAUGUUGAGUGUUAAAGAUUAACAGAUGUCUUGUAUUUUUGUGAGUAUAAGGUUGGAUAUUAAAAAAGAAUAAUUUUAAGAUUGAUUUUGGUAUUUUUGUAGUUGGUAGAACAUUGAAGGGUUGUGUGAGAAUAGAUAUGGAAUAAGAGACAUAUAUGGACAAUAUUGGUC